AUGAAAUUAUACUCUGCUAUAAAAAUCACCAGGGAGCUGUAUGUGUUAGUUUUGUCAGUUACAGCUUUUUGUAGAGGUGAAGAGUUGUGUGGAGCAGGGAAAAAAAGUUACGAUGAAGUCUGUUGUUCAUGAAGUGGAGAAAAGGCCCACCAAACCAUCCUAUCAACUGAAAGAAAAGAGAAAAGCAAACUACUCCACCUACAUCUACAGAGUGUUAAAACAAGUUCACCUGGACACUGGCAUCUUGUGCAAGUUGACGGGCAUUGUGGACUGCUCUGAGGGUGACCUGCUCCAGCGUGUGGCUUUGGAGGCCUACAGGUUAUCGCUGUACAAUAAGAGACGCUCCCUCACCGGCAGAGAGAUCCAGUCUGCAGUUCAGCUGCUCCACGCUGGUGAACUAGGAAAGCAUGACUAGUCAGAGGGGACAGAAUCUGUGUUGGAGUACACUGGCUCAGACUGAGGGCUUGUUUCUUAAUAUUUAAGAGUGUACUUGUUUUUUUCUUCUUAUUUAAAAUAAAGACUAUCUUUUUA